AUGGCUGCAUUACAUUGUUUUACCAAGUAUCAGUCACCAAGUCCUUCUGCAAAAUUCUCAGACAGUUUCUUUGACAAAUUGACAUUUUCAAGUAUUGUGGGCCUUGACUACCCCAGCAUUGCACUGAGAUAUUCAUUGUCAAACUUUGUCUGGGAUACAGACAUCCCAUCUACUGCAUCUAGCAUGCUAAUUCUACCCAAUGACAGCUGCAUGAUAUCAGGUGGGAAGAUAUCCAGCAAUAAAGACAGAACAGACUACAAGAUCCACCAGCUCUCAAUCCAGUUGGUCAUCCACAUACUCAGUGGCUCACAGGUGCUCUGGAAGGUCAUUCUCAUGGAAGUGGAGAUGCCCCAUGCCAAGAUCCAUAUGCAGUGGCUUCUGAGAAUGCAGUGGUAUCUGGACACUGGUGUGGCUAUUGCCGGAUUCAAGGCCAUACUCGUCCUAACUGCCCUAGUAGUAUCAGAAAAGCAGCGAGCCUGCAAAGGGGAAGCAGUGACAGUGGCAUGUAAAUUUAUGAUUCUACCUGAGGCCAAGUGA